CUACUGACCUUGAAUUGUUCUGGUUCAGCAUUUUGAUCUAUGGUAAAGAGUAAAGACAAAUUCACGAACCAGAGGCCCUGGCGACACACGUGAAUAACGAGUAGGAGCAAUUGAACCGAUUGAAACGAUCGAAACGAUCAAAAAUUUUAAGAUUAUUAAAAACAAUUAACGGCCUACAAUGUUCUCGUCAGCGGUAAGGAGGGUUGUUCGACGAUCGUUUUCAACGUCAAAAUGGAGCGGCGCACAGCAGAUGACAGUUCGAGAUGCUUUGAACUCAGCCCUGGAUGAAGAAAUGGAAAGAGACGAGAAAGUGUUUUUGAUGGGCGAAGAAGUGGCACUGUACGAUGGAGCAUACAAAGUGUCUAGGGGCCUCUGGAAAAAAUAUGGAGACAAACGUGUCAUUGAUACUCCUAUUACAGAAGCAGGAUUUGCUGGUAUAGCUGUUGGAGCAGCUAUGGCUGGUUUACGUCCUGUAUGUGAAUUUAUGACAUUCAAUUUCUCAAUGCAAGCUAUCGAUCAAAUUAUCAAUUCUGCUGCCAAAACGUUUUACAUGUCUGCUGGAAGAGUAAACGUACCAGUUGUUUUUCGUGGACCUAAUGGUGCAGCAGCUGGAGUGGCUGCACAACAUUCUCAAUGCUUCGGUGCUUGGUAUAGUCAUUGUCCUGGUUUAAAAGUAGUAUCACCUUAUACUAGCGAAGAUGCAAAAGGAUUGCUAAAAGCUGCCAUUCGAGAUCCCGAUCCAGUUGUUGUAUUAGAAAAUGAAAUAUUAUAUGGUGUUCAGUAUCCUAUGUCUGAUGAGGCUUUAUCGAAAGACUUUGUCUUACCAAUUGGUAAAGCAAAGAUUGAACGUGUUGGAAAACAUGUUACAUUAGUGGCACAUUCCAAAGCAGUAGAGCAGGCUCUUGAAGCAGCAAAUGAGCUUGCGGGGAAAGGAAUAGAAGCAGAAGUAAUAAAUCUUAGAUCUUUAAGACCAUUAGAUAUAGACACCAUUGUACAAUCAAUAGUGAAAACAAAUCAUUGUUUAACUGUGGAACAAGGUUGGCCACAUUGUGGUAUCGGAGCGGAGAUUAGUGCUAAAAUUUCAGAAAGCGAGGCUUUCUAUCAUCUUGAUGCACCGGUAAUUCGUGUCACGGGUGUUGACGCGCCUAUGCCCUAUGCCAAAUCAUUGGAAAUCGCAUGUCUGCCGCAAACGAGUGAUAUUGUGUUUGCAGUAAAUAAAGUAUUGGGGUUGGAGUAAUUAUUUAUAUAGAUCUUUAGGUAAAAUGAAAAAUGCUGUUUGUUUCUUCUUUGAGUUUCACAUGGUCUUUGUAUCAUUUCACGUUACGGCCUCUAGUAGGUUCCUCAUGAGGUAGAAAGUAAGUACAAAGUUUAACGAUAAUAAGAUGGUAGAAAGUUGUUUUACUGAUAGAAAAAGAGUUCAAUUCGCAGUACUUGUACACUAUAUCCACAGAUCUACACAUAAUUAAGUGAUGUGUGUGUGUGAAUGUGUGACGUUAGUGCGUACAAGCUUGUAUAUUUGUACAUGUUGAUUCGAAAUAGUAUAACUAUUUACUAAAACAAAUUAACGUUACUGCUUCUGGAACAAUACCAGAAUGUCCUUCGUACAUGAAAGAUAAGUCAUUGAAAUACUGCCACAUCUUAUUAAAUGCUACUAUGAGUUAAUCUCUCACUUUAAAUUAACUUUAAAGAUAAUUUUCAAAUGUAUUACAUAGAUAGGCAAAAUUGUAAAUUCUUAGCGUGUAUGAAAUGAACGAAUAAACAUGCCGCAUUUGUUUAUUAA